UUGUGUUUUUCUGCGCCCCUAUCCUCCUCUACUUCGUUGCCCUAUGGGCAUGGGAAAGGAACUGAUGCCUGCCCGGUUUAGUUGUCAUGACUUACAUGUCGUUCUUUGUUUCCUUAAUGUGGAAAAGGAACUGAUGCCUGCCCAGUUUAGUUGCCCUAUGGGCAUGGAAAAGGAAGAAUUUGAUACUUUGCUUUGGUGAUUUGUCGAAAGUUUUCUUAUUGCUUUGUUUAAGCUGUGAUAGCUCUUCUAUCUCUAUAUGAUCUAUUAAUUUGUUGAGCAGACACAUUUGUCUUGCCUCUCCUCUUUCCCGAUCUAAACUCUUGAUCUGUUCUAUGGAUGACGGGCAUGGAAUUCCAGGAGAUGGAAGAUGUUUGUUCCGUUCGGUGGCUCAUGGGGUAUAUAUUAGAGCCGGGAAGCAGUCUCCAUCUGAAAGCCUACAAAAGGAACUGGCAGAUGAGCUCAGAGCUAAAGUGGCCGAUGAAUUUAUCAAGAGGAGGUCGGAAACUGAAUGGUUUCUCGAAGAAGAUUUUGACACAUACGUAGGACAAAUGCGACAGCCUCACAUCUGGGGAGGAGAACCCGAACUUCUUAUGUGCUCCCACGUCCUACAAAUGCCUAUCACAGUCUACAUGAAGGAGAGAAAUGCCGGUACCCUCAAGGUUAUUGCUGAAUACGGUCAAGAAUACAGUGCAGAAAACCCAAUACGAGUCCUCUACCAUGGAUACGGACAUUACGAUGCAUUGCUCAAUCCGACUGGUGGCGAACUAGGCACGAAGAGAUGCAUAGUGGCCUAAUCUCUCAUAUACAGACAGGUUCACAUCCACGCCCACGUAGAACAUCUAACAGUCGGGUUCCCAUCCGUGCCCAUGAAGAACACAUAUCGAAAUUGACUUCCCUAUAAUGAUCGUACAACACCAAUGCAUUCUUCCGUUCAAUCGUAAUGGAUCCAUCGUUAACCCUGUCGUAACUUGAUAUUUGGUUGUACAUUGUACUUUCCACUGCUAGACAUUCUGCUAUUAUGUAAUAGAAUAAGUUAACAUUAUUGAUAUAGAGGCCUAAAUGCUUUGGACUAGGGCUUGUUCGGGCCUCCGCUAGAAGCAGGGGAUCCUCCAAAAAUAGGCUUAUGCCACUUAAUGCAACGAGCACUGUAUUCUUUAGUAAAAGGCGAAAGAAUAGUUCGCUUGUAGCUUACUGCGUGGCUGCGUGAUUUGGAACAGCUUGACGGGCUUCCCGUUUUAUGAUGGCUUUGAGGAGCUCUGCUUUCUUAAACUAAUCGAUCGAUGUGGGAGAAAGAGGGGCUCCCAAUUGCACGUGGAAGUCACGUGCCAUCUGGACCAACAACAAGAGAAGAACAUUCCUUCCUUUUGAUUUUGGCUUUCAUACACGAGCACUCAUUCCUUGUUCAUUUCA